ACGUGAUGUACAGCCGACCACGACGAGCUCAGGAAACGAGAUUUAGCGGUCUUUUAAAGUCACUGUGGAGAUGUUGUAUCAGUCGAUGAAAAUCGCCCACCAAGCCCGAGAGGCGGUAAGUUAUUAAGGGGACGUUUUCUGUAUAUUUUGUCCGAAAAACUGAAAAAACCUUGCAACUUUAUGCUGCUCACUAUUGAUGGUAGGCUACUUGGUAGUGGGACAUGAUACUUUUCAUGCACUUCGCCAAAUUAACUGUCGACUCACUUUUAGAGGUUUCCAGAACAAUAUCGUUGUAAUCUAUAUUUAUUUAAUACAGCAAAUCCUCGCAAACGCACAGGAGAAAGUUGGCUGUGAAGCUACUUCUUCAUACGCCUGUUGCACAGUAGGCUACCAGCGUCCACUGGUUGCCUAGAUACGGAAAACACAAUGGCAGCGAGGGUACCAUAAUAACAUGAAGCCAUUUUCACCUACACUUAAACACACAGAAACAUUUUUUUAUCACAUUGGGGCAACAGUUGUGUUUUUUUUAUUUUUAUUUUUAUUAUUAUUAUUAUUAUUAUUAUUAUUAUUAUUAUUAUUAUUAUUAUUUAUAUAACAACACAACAGAGUGACAACAACAACAAAAAUAAUAACAAAAAUACUUUUGUGAGGGAGGGGAGGGGGAAAGAAUAUAUAUAAUAGACAAUAAAAAAAUAGAAAAAAGUCUUUAUUAGAUUACAUUGAAAUAUAUAAAUAAUAAGACAACAUUUGUGUUUAUAAAAGUUCCAGUCUGUAAGUGUGAGUUGUGUUGCUGUCCACAGGAUGAGCUAAGGACCGAGAUGAGGAAGAAGAGCCUCCUCGUCCUCAUAUACCAACACCUGCUCGAGCAAGGGUCUGUAUGAGGAACAUGAAAGGGUCAUGUGCAGUGACAUGUCAGUUUUUCUCUGAUGGUCGUCUCAAAAGGUUUGUGUGAGUUCUUUGUCGUGUGUCUGUCCUCCAGCUAUAUGACUGCAGCUCUGACCUUGGACCAAGAGACUAAUGGAGGUGUCCAGAAGUUCGAGGUCUGUGACAACGUGGAUUUGACUAUGAUCCUGACUGAGUACGAGAGCUAUCACUAUGUCAAAUUCCAGAAAUAUCCAAAACUUACAAAAAGAAAAGCCGAGUCAGGUAAACAACCACACUGGUAAUACACUUAGUACACAAGAAACAUUUUCCCCAACAGCCAUGAGAUCAAUGUAUGUGUGCAGAUCGGUCAUAUUAGGAAGCAAAAGUUUAAAAAGCACCUUAAAAUCAUGUCCUAACUCUUAUAUUGUCUCUAAAAAUGUAUUAAUAUAUAAAAUUUCCCUCAUAUUACACAAAUCAAAUGGAACUCCCUCUCAUAAAAUGAGCAUAGCAACAAAACCCAGGUAGGCUUCUGUGUUUACACAAUGCUCAGUUGGUAUUAAGGGGCCCAAAGUCUGCCAAGAAAAAAAACCCACACUAUUACACAACCACCAGCAGCCUUAACUGCUGAUACAAAGCAGGAUGGAUCCAUGCUUGUUGUGUUGUUUACAACUUGUGCAGGUAAACCGUAUGUCUCAAUUUUAGGCAAUAAUGUCACAUGUUGUUUUUGUUGGUUAAGGUGAAAACAGCUCUGCAAAAGGUGGUGGAGUAAAGAGGUAAGUGUCCCCAACCCUUGUAUUUAACUUUUUAUUUUAUUUUUAGAACUUGUCUACAUAUGCUGACAAUACUAACAAAUUGUUCAUCAGGACUUCCUGUUCAUCUGUAAAGCCUCUUCCAAGAAUCAAUCAGUCCCAGCGCCCGCUGUCUGGAAACAGCGUUAAGAAGACAUCUGCCAAUUCAAAUACAAAUGUAUGGUAAACAUACAACAACCAACAAUAUUAACAACAAGACAAAUCCACUUAUAUCUGUGUCUGUUUUGUUUUUUUCAGGAGAAUGGCUCUUCUCUUCCCACAGAGUUGCCAGAGUUUGGUCUACAUGUUUCCGCCAUUAAAAGUGGUCCGACUGGGGACAUAGUCAUGAGCAGAAAGGUACUGAAGUAUUACUCUUGUUUACAAAUAUGACCCAUUAAAGCUUAGUCUUUCACUUUCAUACAUUAAAAUUUACCCAGUUUUAGUUACAAAAAAUUAAAGUAAAUACUGGAAUGUUUUAGUGUAAUCCAUCAUAAGUUAACUUGCUUUCAUUGUUUGUCAUAAUUCUGAACUCACAUGUACUUUUAUUGACUUUGAUUGACUCUUAAAAUUCUGUUCAAGCCAUAAUGCACAGGAGAAAAUGUCAAGACCCACAUUUGUGCGAAAAACUAGGAUUCACACUUACACCUUGUUGGCAAUUUUGAGGCACCAACUGGCCUAACUCUAAUGUCUUUGGAAAAAGCUCUUUACUUAAGAAAAUAAAGAAACGCAUACAGAAAACACACAGAUCUAUUCAAACCAGUACGAGACAUCAAUCUGUGCCCUACAUUAAAAAUUUAAAACAGGAAUCAAGUCACCAGUUUUGUUGAAUGUAUUAAACUUUAUACCUUUUGAAAACUGUAAAUUCAAGAGCCAGAUGACUGACGGGAAGGAUUUGAUGCAUGACACUGUCAAAAGAGCCAGCUGUAACUCAGCUAACACGUAAUUAAAACAAAAAAGAAAGAAAUAUUUUUGAAAAAUCUUUGGACAAGUUGUCAAAAAACAAGCAUGUGAAUUUUUUUCUUUUUAAUCUUUGUUCUAAAACACAAGAAAGACUGCAAAUCAAUUGUCCCACAUUAAUACUAAUCAGUUUAUUUAAUGUUUUUCAGGAAAGGCUGCUGAAGCCCCUCAGUGGUUUUCCUGGAAUGAGUGAUGACAUGAGAGAACUGGCUGUGAUCAUCAGCAGAGUAAUUCAUACACACACAUCUAUUAAGGAACAUUUUCUCUCUGUUUUUUCUAUCCUAAAGUAAGCCACGUAAAACUGAGGCAUGAUAAUGUGCUCAAAAGAUGUAUAUAUAACGAAAUAUAACCACUAGAGUGCAAUGGAGAGCUUUGUUGUAGAUGAAUUGAUGUGUGGCAAUCAAGAAGCUCAAGGCUAGCAUCUGUUUUCCUUAUCUGAUGCUUCAACCUAAAUGACAUAAGUCUCGUCGUACAAGGAUGUGUGUGACAGUUCUUAGCUGAUAUCUCUCACUCAGUGUUUAUGUGUGUGUUUUCAUGCCUAAAGGACAUCUAUUUGCACAGCCCCAAUGUGCGCUGGGAGGACAUCAUCGGUUUGGAGGAUGCAAAGCGAUUAGUCAAGGAGGCUGUCGUCUAUCCUAUUAAGGUGCGGCCACCGCCUGGGUGUGCUGGUUAUCCAGCUCUGUUCGCCUUUGUUCGAUUCGGAAUACAUCUCCUUUAAAGGGCUUAAAGAGAUGGAGGGUAGAUGGGUCAGGUCAGUCUGUUAGGCUGACAUUAAAUCUAUAUCAGAGAUAAUAUGGUAGCAAACACACACACACACAUGGAUUGACAGGCAGGGAAGCAGGGGCACACAUACCCGUAUAUGCAGUAUCAUAUAGAAUUUUUGUACCUAGCUGCCUUCACACAAUACAGUUGCGUACAGAAACUGCAAAUUAUUCUGGUACACAGACAUCAUUAUAAGGGGUCACACUUCCGAACAUCCUCUUAACGUUUACAGACAAAGAUGAGGACUGAUUUGUCUUUCCUCUGUUCUGCUCACUCCUUUUAUUUAUUCACGCCACCUUGUAACAAUCUCCAACUUCAUCCUGUUAUGCAUUCUCUGGGGUAUAAUGUCAGCUUGUGAUAGGGACUACUUGUUUUCAUAAGUUUAGGCUUAUUUAUGGUUUGUGGUAUUUACUACUGACUAUACACUUGAUAUUGAUGCUAUACACCAUUCAAAUCAGUUUAAUUAGCAGACUGCCCAGCCUUCAGUCGGCCUUUAAAGUAUGGUAAUGCAUGUUUUGUAGAUGGCACCUUCUGCUGGCAGCUUUGUAUUUUUCUCUGAUUUUGAAGAAUAAUGGGUUUAAACGAUGUUUGAAUUGUAAAUUUAAAAAGCUCUCUCCCCCUUUUUUAGUAUCCCCAACUAUGUACAGGCAUCUUAUCACCUUGGAAGAGUAUGCUUCUUUAUGGCCCCCCAGGUAAGCCAGCACUGUCAACCUUUGGGAAGUUGUCUGUUUAGAAAAGCGAUGAUACGAAAAUUAUGAGCCUACAUGAAAUGUACUCAAACAUUCAAACAGGUACAGGAAAGACACUGCUGGCCAAGGCUGUGGCGACAGAGUGUAAGACAACCUUCUUCAACAUUUCAGCCUCAAGUAUUGUGAGCAAGUGGAGAGGGGACUCUGAAAAACUAGUUAGGGUAUGGAUUCUACACCAGAUCCAGUUUAUCAAUUUUAUAAAUGCUGAGUUCUGUAAACUCUGAUUUACUUUGUAUAUAAUUUAGUUUUUUUAAAUUAUGACUUGCAGGUGCUGUUUGAGCUGGCUAGAUACCACGCCCCAUCCACGAUUUUCCUGGAUGACUUUGAGUCAGUGAUGAGCCACAGAGGAGCCACCAACAUGGGGUGAGAUGAACCAAAAACUGCAGUGAACUGAAAGUCCCUCCUUGAUAUUGAAGCUGAAGGAUUUUCUCCUCUGGUGCCUCUACUUGUUCACCCUUCUAUCUGCUCAGCUGGUAUCUGGGUGUAAAUUGUAUACUGGUUUAUAAUGUAAACAAAAUUGUAUCCUGAUAAGACUCACCCCUAAACUGUUAAAGUUUCCCUGAGAUGGGAAAAUGGAGUCAAAGUUGUUGUGUUUGUGCUCCCAGUAUUUUACAUGUUGUGAAGAUGAUAUAAUCAAUAAAAAUAAAAACUGGGUCUUUACACCCUUCACAUUCCCUGUGGCACUGCAUGGCAGCAUCUACAUCUGACCAGACUUGAAGCAGUUUGAAGCAUUUAGUCAAUUCCCUCCUAUCUAGAUCUGUAAUCUGUAAUUACUCUGAGGUUUGUGUCCCUUUAGACAAAAGUGUCUUCCAAAUGAAACUGGAACAUUGCAAUAUUCAUCUAAACUCCAGUUACAUCCGCACAGUCUGCCCUUGAAAAGCUGAAAUAUCCUCCAGCAUACUGCAUAGAUGGCUUCUUUUUGUUGGUGUCUCUCUUUAAUGAUUGAUUGAUCUUGAUUUGUUUUCAGAGGAGAGCAUGAGGGGAGCCGCAGGAUGAAGGCUGAGCUUCUGGUUCAGAUGGAUGGACUCGCAAAAUCUGACGACCUUGUGUUUCUAUUGGCUGCCUCCAACUUACCGUGGUAACACUUCAGCACAGUGCACACCAAAUUUCAAAUGUGUUUUCUGUUUAUCAAAUUUAUGAAAGCAAGCCAGAGUUUGAGUUUGCAAAAACACUGAAAUAAAUGGACAGACAUGACAGCAAGGCACAAAAAAAUAUUUCAUGUUGUCUCCUGAUGACAAAGUUUUCUCUCCUUCCUCUUGCUUUGCUUAGUUCAAGUGAGGUUGCAGUAUUGGAUCACCUGAUUUUAUUGUUUUUUGUUUUUUUUUCCAAAUUCAGGAUAUAUUUGGACUGGAUGAAUCAUAACUCAUCAUCUAUCUGCUAAAUUUUAACUGUUAACUGUCUCUGCUCUGUGACCAGGGAACUGGACCAUGCAAUGCUGAGGAGGUUAGAGAAAAGGAUUCUGGUGGAUCUUCCUUCCCCGACAGCUCGCCGAGCCAUGAUUUCUCAUUGGCUGCCCCGUUUUAGUGCACCUGGUGGGGUGGAAUUACGAACCGAGCUGGACUAUGAAACUCUGGCAAAGGUCUGUCACAGAAAGAUUUAGUACUUUGUGAGGUUAAAAUCGCUAAUAUGAAGAAAAAAAAAACUAUUUAAAAAAUUGCUGUUUUGUUGCUGAGGAGACGCAUUACAGUAAGACGUCAACUCAGUACACAUCAACAAGGCUUUAUCGACAUAAGUGCUGUUUUCAUGUGUUUAAGGAGAUGGAUGGUUACUCCGGAUCUGAUGUAAGACUGGUUUGUAAGGAGGCUGCAAUGAGACCAGUACGCAAGAUUUUCAACGCUCUCGAAUCGCAUCACACGGGUAGAACAAACUCCACACCCACACCACUAAAGCCAUGUUUCCCUGUCCGGAGCCCUUAAGUAAAACUCCUCUGGGAUUCUUCUUCUCAGGAGAUCUUGACAUGACGGCGAUCAAGCUGGAAACUGUGACAACAGCUGACUUUCAGGAAGUCAUCUCUCACACCAAACCUUCAGCUGGAAACCUGAUGGACAGAUUCACAGCUUGGGAGAGAGACUUCAAGUCUGUCUAAGGAACAGGGGAUUUUAAAUAAUUCAAUUUUUUUUUUCAGAAUUUUCAUAUCAACAAUACAUAAAAGCAAACAUCAUUAAAAGGUGGUCUGGUCUAGGUAAGAAAAUUAAUAAGCCAAAUUCAAAUAAAGUAGAAAUAAUUUCCCUUAGACCUUAAGGCAAGCAAUAAAUUAGAGGCCACUAUGUGUCCGUAAACAGUGUCAUCAUUUCCUUUUUAAGUUGGCACUACUAAAUGGCAUUCCCAUAGGAAAAACUCUCAAAAUGUCCAUAUACCACUGAGUUAUGGUGGGAGGUUUCUCACUAAUCCAAUUAAAUUUUAUACAGUUUCUGGCCAAAAAUAAGAGUUUAUUAAGUAAUUUUGAUCUUCUCACAUCCACAACUCCAUUCAUAGGUUGCAGCCCCAAUAGAAACUGAUUUUUCUGUUUACUGUAUCAGAUUGACAUGCUGCUGGGAUGGACUUUAUUUCAUUUAUUUUUAAAAAAACUUAAUUUAUUUUAAGCGCUAGAUCAAAAAAGUAACACUGCCUGCACAUUUGUGAGUUUGGAAUUAAGUUGUCAGUAUAGUCUGUUUGUCAUGUAACUUCCCAUAAAAAAGCUGAUAUCAAUUAUAAUGUAACUUGAAAAGUUCCUGGAAAAUUACAUGAAAACUUUGGUCUUUUGUUUAACUUAUGGGAAAACAUUGUGACGCAAAAGUAUUUGUUAGGAGGGCAACAGAGGGCAGUUUCUUGUAAUACAUUCUUUAUUUCAUUUCUGUUGUUCUUUAGUGGAGUCACAUUCACAUGGACAGUUUGAAUACAUUUAUUUAUUUACAUGACAGCUACAUGACAUUUUGGGCUUUUCCCAACAGUUAUUAUAGGAGGUUCAUCAAGAUGUGUUCGACUGCAUCUGGAAAACUGUUGCAUGUUAGGUGGGGAGGAGGGUUGAUUUUGUUCUCAUCUCCUUCUCUGUAUUUACCUAAGAGAUGACACAAGUAAGGAAGGCAUAGUUAUGAAAGAACAAGAAUUAAACCAGGACUAGUUUUAACUGUAGCUAAUCCUGUUAAGACCAAAGUGAAGAGAGAAACAUGUUAUAAAAAAAAAAAAAAAGAUUGAGGGAUGAGAUGGAGUCAAAUCACAUUAUUUGAUGGCUGUGCAAAAGUAGGAGUCUGACGGAUGUGUGAAUGCUGAAGAGACAAAAGUAAACUGGAGGAAAUUUCUAUCCUACCUGUUCUCACCAGAAUUCCCAACAUGCCUACAUUCUGGGCUCCACCCACAUCAUCUCUUGCAUCCUAUGGAAAAAUACAGACAGCCUCAAGGCAACUAAUAAUUUUUAUAUUUGUUCAUACUUUAUUAAAAUGUGAAUGUGUAAAAA